UCUGAUAAGUAACAACUAAAAUCACAUCCGUGAUCUCAAACGCUAAUGACUCUUUUGUUUCGUCCUUAGCGUAACACCGGCUCUUGCAGAUUUAGGGAACAGAGUUUUGACAAACACAAGAUUUCAGAAUGGGUGACUCACAAAUGGCAGAGUUUGGGUCUGCCGCAUCCUUCCUGCGGAAGUCAGACAAGGAGCGUCUGGAGGCCCAAACUCGCCCCUUCGACAUGAAGAAAGAGUGCUUUGUGCCCGACCCUGAGGUUGAGUACGUCAAAGCCUCCAUCACCAGCAGAGAUGGUGACAAAGUCACUGUUGACACUGAAUUUGGAAAGACAGUAACAGUGAAGGAUGUAGAUGUUCACCCCCAGAACCCGCCGAAGUUCGAUAAAAUUGAGGACAUGGCGAUGUUCACCUUCCUGCACGAGCCUGCUGUGCUGUUUAACCUCAAAGAGCGUUACGCAGCCUGGAUGAUCUAUACCUAUUCAGGGCUGUUCUGUGUCACUGUCAACCCCUACAAGUGGCUGCCAGUGUACGAUUCCGUUGUGGUCAAAGCCUACAGAGGCAAGAAAAGGACUGAAGCUCCCCCUCACAUCUUCUCCAUCUCUGACAAUGCCUACCAGUACAUGCUGUCAGACAGAGAGAACCAGUCUGUCCUGAUCACUGGAGAAUCCGGUGCUGGAAAGACUGUGAACACCAAGAGAGUCAUCCAGUAUUUUGCCAGCAUUGCUGCUGUAUCUGGGAAAAAGGAUGCAGCUUCUGAGAAGAAGGGUACCCUGGAAGAUCAAAUCAUCCAAGCUAACCCUGCCUUGGAGGCCUUUGGCAAUGCCAAGACCAUCAGAAAUGACAACUCCUCCCGUUUUGGUAAAUUCAUCCGAAUUCACUUUGGUGUGAGUGGAAAAUUGGCUUCCGCAGAUAUUGAGACUUAUCUCCUGGAGAAGUCUCGUGUCACUUAUCAGCUCAAGGCUGAGAGAGACUACCACAUCUUCUACCAGAUUCUGUCUCAGAAGAAACCAGAACUAUUAGAGAUGCUGCUCAUCACAGCAAACCCUUAUGACUAUGCCUACAUCUCCCAAGGAGAGACACAAGUGGCAUCUAUUGAUGAUGCUGAAGAGCUGAUGGCCACUGAUGUUAGUGACUUAUACCUAUAUAACAAACAAAAUAUACAUAAAUUACAACCACUGAGAAGUACUACAAAAUGUGUAAGAAAAAGUAGACUAAUCUUAUUGCUUUGUCAUGCUAUUUUCAAACUACAGGAGGCCUUCGAUGUGCUGGGCUUCACUACAGAUGAAAAGGUUGGCAUCUACAAGCUGACUGGUGCCAUCAUGCACUUUGGUAACAUGAAGUUCAAGCAAAAGCAAAGAGAGGAACAGGCUGAGUCUGAUGGGACUGAAGAUGCUGACAAAGUCGCAUACCUGAUGGGCCUGAACUCUGCUGAUCUCCUCAAGGGUUUGUGCCACCCAAGAGUCAAAGUAGGAAAUGAGUGGGUCACCAAGGGACAGAAUGUCCAGCAGGUGUACUACUCUAUUGGUGCUCUGGCAAAGUCAGUGUACGAGAAGAUGUUCCUCUGGAUGGUUGUGAGAAUCAACCAAUCCCUGGACACCAAACAGCCUCGCCAGUACUUCAUUGGUGUGCUGGACAUUGCUGGAUUUGAGAUCUUUGAUUUCAACACCUUUGAGCAGCUGUGCAUCAACUUCACUAAUGAGAAGUUGCAGCAGUUCUUCAACCACCACAUGUUUGUGCUGGAGCAAGAGGAAUACAAGAAGGAAGGCAUUGAGUGGGAGUUUAUUGACUUUGGCAUGGACUUGGCGGCUUGCAUUGAGCUUAUUGAGAAGCCCAUGGGUAUCAUGUCCAUCCUUGAAGAGGAGUGCAUGUUCCCCAAAGCCAGUGAUGCAACAUUUAAAGCUAAGCUUUAUGACAACCAUUUGGGGAAAAAUCCUACUUUCCAGAAGCCCAGGAUUAUCAAGGGUAGACCAGAGGCCCAUUUUGCUCUGGUUCACUAUGCUGGCACUGUUGACUACAAUAUUUCCAACUGGCUGGUGAAGAACAAGGACCCUCUCAAUGAGACUGUGGUCGGACUUUUCCAAAAGUCUACCGUGAAGAUGUUGUCUAUUCUAUUUGCUGGAUAUGCUGGGGCUGACUCAGCCCAAGACUCCAAGGGAGGUAAAGGUGGUAAAAAGAAGGGUUCUUCUUUCCAAACUGUGUCAGCCCUCCAUAGGGAGAACUUGAACAAGCUGAUGACCAACUUGAGGUCAACUCACCCUCACUUUGUGCGCUGCCUCAUCCCCAAUGAGACUAAGACUCCUGGGGCGAUGGAGAAUCCUCUGGUCAUGCACCAGCUGCGCUGUAACGGUGUGCUGGAGGGCAUCAGGAUCUGCAGAAAGGGAUUCCCCAACAGGAUCCUGUAUGGAGAUUUCAAACAACGAUACCGCAUCCUAAAUCCUGCUGCUAUCCCUGAGGGGCAGUUCAUUGAUAACAAGAAGGGUGCAGAAAAACUUCUGGGCUCUCUGGACAUCGAUCACAACCAGUACAAGUUAGGACAUACUAAGGUCUUUUUCAAGGCUGGUCUUCUGGGUACUCUUGAGGAGAUGCGAGAUGACCGUCUUGCACUUAUUAUAACUGGAAUUCAGUCCAGGGCUCGUGGUUUUCUAUCAAGAAUUGAGUUCCAGAAAAUUGUGGAAAGAAGAGAUUCUUUGUUGGUGAUCCAGUGGAAUGUACGUGCUUUCAUGGGUGUCAAGAAUUGGCCCUGGAUGAAGCUCUACUUCAAGAUCAAGCCUCUGCUGAAAACUGCAGAGACUGAGAAAGAAAUGGCCAACAUGAAGGAGGAAUUCACCAAGUUGAAGGAGGCUUAUGCCAAAUCUGAAGCCCGCAAAAAGGAGCUUGAGGAAAAGAUGGUUUCUCUUCUCCAAGAGAAGAACGACCUGCAGCUUUCAGUGCAGUCUGAACAAGAUAAUCUUGCAGAUGCUGAGGAGAGAUGUGAGGGUCUGAUAAAGAGUAAAAUCCAGCUUGAGGCCAAAGUCAAAGAGCUGACUGAGAGACUGGAGGAUGAAGAAGAAAUGAAUGCAGAAUUGGUUGCAAAGAAACGAAAGCUGGAGGAUGAAUGUUCUGAGCUCAAGAAGGACAUUGAUGAUCUUGAGCUCACUCUGGCCAAAGUAGAGAAAGAGAAACAUGCCACUGAGAACAAGGUUAAAAACCUGACAGAAGAGAUGGCAGCUUUGGAUGAGAUCAUCGCUAAGCUGACCAAGGAGAAGAAAGCUCUUCAGGAGGCCCAUCAGCAAACGCUGGAUGACCUCCAGAGUGAGGAAGACAAAGUCAACACGCUUACCAAAGCCAAAGCCAAGCUGGAGCAACAAGUCGAUGAUCUUGAGGGAUCCUUGGAGCAAGAAAAGAAGCUACGCAUGGACCUUGAGAGGGCAAAGAGAAAGCUGGAGGGUGAUUUAAAAUUGACCCAGGAGAGCAUUAUGGACUUGGAAAAUGAUAAACAACAAAUGGAGGAGAAGCUGAAGAAGAAGGACUUUGAAAUUGGCCAGCUCAACAGCAAAAUUGAGGAUGAACAAGCCCUUGGUGCCCAGCUCCAGAAGAAACUGAAGGAGCUGCAGGCUCGUAUUGAAGAGCUUGAGGAAGAGCUGGAGGCUGAGAGAGCUGCUCGUGCUAAAGUUGAGAAACAGAGAGCCGAUCUGUCUAGAGAACUGGAGGAGAUCAGUGAGAGGCUGGAGGAGGCUGGUGGAGCCACCGCUGCCCAGAUUGAGAUGAACAAGAAACGUGAAGCUGAGUUCCAGAAACUGCGCAGAGACCUUGAAGAGGCCACUCUGCAACAUGAGGCCACUGCAGCUACACUGAGGAAGAAACAUGCAGACAGUGUGGCUGAUCUGGGAGAGCAGAUUGACAACCUCCAGAGAGUGAAGCAGAAGCUGGAGAAAGAGAAGAGUGAACUGAAGUUAGAGCUUGAUGAUGUGGUCUCCAACAUGGAACAUAUCGUCAAAGCAAAGAGCAACCUGGAGAAAAUGUGCAGAACUCUGGAAGACCAGAUGAGUGAGUACAGAGCCAAGGCUGAGGAAGGUCAGCGCACAAUCAAUGAUUUCACCAUGCAAAAAGCCAAGCUGCAAACUGAAAAUGGUGAACUCUCCAGACAGCUUGAGGAGAAAGACUCCCUGGUGUCUCAGUUAACCAGAGGCAAGCAGUCCUACACUCAGCAAAUUGAAGACCUCAAGAGACAGCUAGAAGAAGAAAUCAAGGCUAAGAAUGCCCUGGCCCAUGCAGUUCAGUCUGCUCGUCACGAUUCUGAUCUGCUGAGGGAGCAGUUUGAGGAAGAGCAAGAAGCCAAGGCUGAGCUGCAGCGUAGUCUGUCCAAGGCAAACUCUGAAGUGGCUCAGUGGAGAACCAAGUAUGAAACUGAUGCCAUCCAGAGGACUGAGGAGCUGGAGGAUGCUAAAAAAAAAUUGGCUCAGCGUCUCCAAGAAGCAGAAGAAGCUGUGGAAGCGGUCAAUGCUAAAUGCUCCUCUCUUGAGAAGACCAAGCACAGGCUGCAGAAUGAGAUUGAAGAUCUCAUGGUGGAUGUGGAGAGAUCUAAUGCUGCUGCUGCUGCUCUGGACAAAAAGCAAAGAAACUUUGACAAGGUUUUGGCUGAGUGGAAGCAGAAGUAUGAGGAGUCUCAGACUGAACUAGAAAGUGCCCAGAAAGAGUCUAGAUCUCUCAGCACUGAACUCUUCAAACUGAAGAACUCCUAUGAAGAAGUUCUGGAUCAACUUGAGACCAUGAAGAGAGAGAACAAGAACCUUCAAGAGGAAAUUUCUGACCUCACUGAGCAACUUGGAGAGUCAGGAAAAAGCAUCCAUGAGCUGGAGAAAAUUAGAAAGCAGCUGGAGCAGGAAAAAGCAGAAAUCCAGACAGCCUUGGAGGAAGCUGAGGGCUCACUUGAACAUGAGGAAGGAAAGAUUUUGAGAGCUCAACUGGAGUUCAAUCAAGUAAAGGCUGAUAUUGAACGUAAGCUGACAGAGAAAGAUGAAGAGAUGGAGCAGGGCAAGAGGAACCAGCAGAGAGUGGUGGAUACCUUGCAGAGCUCACUGGAAUCAGAGACUCGCAGCAGGAAUGAAGCUCUCAGACUGAAGAAGAAGAUGGAGGGAGACCUCAAUGAGAUGGAGAUUCAGCUCAGCCAGGCUAACAGACAGGCAGCAGAAGCCCAGAAGCAACUUAAGGGUCUUCAUGGACAUCUCAAAGAUGCCCAACUGCAACUAGAUGAUGCUCUUCGUGGUAAUGAUGAUCUCAAAGAGAACAUCGCCAUCGUGGAGAGACGCAACAAUCUGCUGCAGGCUGAACUGGAUGAGCUGAGAUCCAUGGUGGAACAGACUGAGAGAGGAAGGAAACUGGCUGAGCAGGAACUGCUGGAUGUCAGUGAGAGAGUUCAGCUCCUGCAUGCCCAGAACACCAGCUUGCUGAAUCAAAAGAAGAAGCUGGAGGGAGAUAAUACUCAGCUUCAGACUGAGGUUGAGGAGGCAGUGCAGGAGUGCAGGAAUGCUGAGGAAAAAGCCAAGAAGGCCAUCACUGAUGCUGCCAUGAUGGCUGAGGAGCUGAAGAAGGAGCAGGACACCAGUGCUCAUCUGGAGCGCAUGAAGAAGAACAUGGAGCAGACCAUCAAGGACCUGCAGCACCGUCUGGAUGAAGCUGAGCAGAUCGCCAUGAAGGGUGGCAAGAAGCAGGUCCAGAAACUGGAGGCCAGGGUGAGAGAGCUGGAAAAUGAGGUGGAGCUUGAACAAAGAAAGGCUAGCGAGUCUGUGAAAGGAGUCCGUAAAUAUGAGCGACGCAUCAAGGAGCUCACCUACCAGACUGAAGAGGACCGUAAGAAUCUGGCUCGCCUGCAGGAUCUGGUGGACAAACUCCAGCUGAAGGUCAAAGCCUACAAGAGAUCUGCUGAAGAGGCUGAGGAACAGGCCAAUGUGAACCUGGGCAAGUUCCGUAAGCUGCAGCAUGAGCUGGAUGAGGCAGAGGAGAGGGCUGAUAUUGCUGAAUCUCAGGUCAACAAACUUAGAGCCAAGAGUCGUGAUUCAGGAUCCAAGAAAGGACAUGAUGAAGAGUAAUCCUCCACUAUAAAGAUUCUGUGUGCUGUGAAGCCAUGUUCAUGUAUUGAUUCUGAUGUAGCAAUAAAAACUGCAAUUAUGAA